CCACCAUCUCAUCCCCUCCCCUCCCCUCUCCAUGUCUCUUGCUCUCCUCCCCCCUGAGCUUCUCCUCCUCAUUGUCCCCAAGCUCAGGCAACGCGACAUCAACGCCCUAGUCCGCACCUGUCGCAAAUUCCACGCCAUCCUAAAUCCGCAUCUCUACCGCCAGCUCCUCCUCCCCGGCACCAAGAGCAAUCGCCGCGCACACGCCAAGCAAGCCGUACGCCCACCCGACCCCCAUGCAAUCAGAGCCUGGCUCCGCAAAUCAAACCUUAAGCGAGCUGCUGAGAAGGGCCACGGUCACAUCGCCCUCAUUUACGCCGCGCAAACCAACCAGUCCAAGCCCAUUGACAAUGUCGUCGCCGCUGCCAAGCGUUUCAACCUCGCCCUUGAUCCCAACCGAACGGAUCCACAAUUUAACCUCACGGCGCUAGAUUGGGCUGCCGUUUUUGGCCAUGUGCACAUCGCGGAGACUCUAUUGGAGCUCAACGCAAGUGGCCGUUGCGGGGAUAUAUCCUCGAGUCUGGCACAUGCCGUGAAAAAUGGCCAUGACGCAAUGGUCGAGUUGCUACUCCGCCAUGGGGCGCCUCCGGGCUCAAGAGAUAAACUGAAAGGCACGAAGACCCCGUUGAUGCACGCCGGACAGCCUUCUUGUCGCUGGCAGGCGGUUCCGCUCAAGCUGAACGGGAAAUUAGAUGCGAGCCAAUGGCCACGCCAAAACAGUCAGCCCGAUCAGGCGGAUCCGCCUCAGCCCCAGGGGUCGGAUAAAAAGCUCCGCCGGCGCAAAAAGAUGAAGGGCAAGCGUCUCAUCGCGGUUCAAUUCGGCGGCCCUAAAGGAUCGCGGGACCCCACCGACGGCCCGGAUGUACCGCCCGGCCUGCCAUGGUGCGCGGGAACGGCGUAUGAAACGAUUCUCGACCUUCUGCUUCAAUAUGGGGCUGAUCUCGAGGAGCAAGGCGCACUGGGCAGGACGGCGCUAGCGCAAGCGGCCGAGCAGGGAUUUACUCCCAUUGUGAAGGCGCUCCUGGAUCGAGGAGCAUCCCCACAUCCGGUCUACGACGUCCGUGAUCCGCAGCGGCCGCGCAACCUUCGACGGUGGUCGCUCUGCUGUGCUGUGCAAGGUGGACAUCUGGAGAUCGUCCAGCUGCUGCUGGAUCGGGGAGCGGACCGGGAGCUCGGCGAUCUUGAUUGCAUCGUUUCCAGGCUUUCCCCGCUGGCAUGCGCUGCGUAUUAUGGGAGGGAAGCCAUUCUAAGGGCGCUGCUCGCCGCGCUCGAUAAGAAGUCGGAGCUGCCACGCCCAACAGGGGAUUGGCCGCCCCUGCGAGGGGCAGCAAUGGGCGGCAAAGCCUCCGUGAUCAAGCUUCUUUUAGAUGCGGAGGCGAGGUAUUGGCCCAACGCCCGCCCAUCGCAUGCGACUGCCCUCUGGAAUGCGGCUCUGCAUGGGAGAGAGGAAGUGGUUGCCCUCUUACUCGACGCGGGCGUGAAUUUCACAGAGGUACACAGGCGAGCACCUGACGACCCGCAAGGCACGCUCUCGUGUCUUCAUGCGGCGGUUAUCUCGAAGCAUCACGGGACCGUCGCGCGCAUGCUGGCUUGGCCGGGGCUGGAGGUCAAUCAGCACAAUAAUAAUGGGGUGACGGCCUUGACGGUAGCGGCGCGGCAGAAGGACGAGGCACUGGUCCAGCUGAUGCUGGAGCACGGGGCCGAUCCUGCGUUUCAGCAUGUCUCAGGACCCGUUCCAGCCCGCGCGAAUCGACCGACUUUUACGACGGAGUUUGGGUCGUGCUUUCCUGCUCCUUAUGCCGCCUCUCUGCGGCCUCUUAACCACCAGCCUUGAGUUGCCUUCAUGAGGUGAUUAGACCAAUGCAUUGUCUUGGUGAUGAUGCAGGUUGAUAGAGCCAGGAAGGGCUAGACUAUUGGUUCGGUGUGGGUAGUUUAUGUCUGGUAUGCUUGUCCUUGACCUACAGGGCCGAGGAUGAACAUUUCCGGGUUUUAUGAAUAGAUGUAGAGUGUAUAUAAGGAGCAUGUUAAUGCUAGAGUCUUCCGCAUACAGCGCUGUCACUGGCUGGACAGUCCAUGCUGUCAUGUACCUCGAU